AUGACUCAGGUAGCCGCUGACGCUGAUGCUGCGCCGCGUUUUUACGACCUGAAAGUGCUGCUGCCGUCCACACGGCCCUGUGCCAAAGACCCCCAGAUUGGCACGCUUCAGCACAUACUGCAGUGGGUGCGCAGAUACGCCAAAAGAGGAUAUCAUCCGGUGAAGAUCGGGGAUUUAUUCAACGGAAGGUACCAUGUGAUCAGGAAGUUGGGAUGGGGCCACUUCUCCACAGUAUGGCUAUGCUGGGACAUACAAGUGAAGAACUUCGUGGCGAUGAAGGUGGUGAAAAGCGCCCAGCACUACACGGAAACAGCCCUGGAUGAGAUCAAAUUGUUGCGAUGUGUGAGAGAGAGCGACCCCGGCGACCCGAACAAAGACAUGGUGGUGCAGCUGAUAGACGACUUCAAGAUCUCUGGCGUCAACGGCAUACAUGUGUGUAUGGUGUUUGAGGUGCUGGGUCAUCACCUGCUGAAAUGGAUCAUUAAAUCCAACUACCAGGGUCUGCCGCUGCYGUGUGUCAAGAGCAUCAUCAGACAGGUCCUGCAGGGUUUGGACUACCUCCACACGAAGUGUAAAAUCAUCCACACAGACAUCAAACCUGAGAACAUCCUGAUGUGUGUGGACGAUGUGUUCGUGAGGCGCAUGGCCAUGGAGGCCACCGAGUGGCAGAAAGCUGGAGCUCCACCCCCGUCCGGAUCAGCUGUUAGCACAGCGCCCCAGCUCAAACCGGUGGGAAAAAUCUCCAAGAACAAGAAGAAGAAGCUGAAGAAGAAACAGAAACGGCAGGCCGAGCUGCUGGAGAGGCGGAUGUUGGAGAUCGAAGCCUUGGAGCGAGAGGCCGAGAUUAGGGAGGAGAGAGCCAAAGAGAGCGGCGACAAAAGUGACGCUGAACGCAGCCUGCCUUCGCCACAGCAGCAGCAGCCGCCGCCGCCGGUGGCGCCUCUAGGACCCAGCAUGGCUCUGGGAGAGAGCGACGACGAUGAUGAUGAUGAGGAGGAUGGAGAGGACGAAGAGGAGGAGGGAGCAGAGAGGGAAAGACCCGUCAGGUUGACGAAUCAUACAUGCGCAGCGCCUCCCCAGGAGCAAAGCGAAACGCCCCAAAUCCCCGCUGAUAGCCAGCAASAGGAGGGGGAGGAAGAGGAAGAAGAGGAGGCCACGCCUGUCGCUGAAAAAGACGCCCCCAUACCCYCUGCCUCAGAAGAAGGUAAGGGAGAUUCAGGACAAGCAGAUGGGGGAGGAGAGGAGGAGGAGGAAGAGGAGGAUGAAGAGGAGGAGGAGAACGACGAAGUGGAGGAGGAGCCACUGAAAGUGACAGAAAAUGAGAAUGUGAAGGAAGAGGAGGAGACGGAGGAAAAGGUAGAAGAAGAACAAGCGGAGGAGAAGCAGCAGCAGGAGGAGGAUGGAGACAUCGGAACAGAGGCACCAAAGACUGAGAGCAAAGCCGAGGAGGAGGAGGCGGCUGCGGAAGAGGAGGAGUCAAAGGAGCAGGAGGGGGAGGAGUAUGAGGAGAUAUACGACGACGAAGAAGACGAUGACGACGAUACGACAACAACGACGGCGGACCUCUUCACAGACAGCACCUCUCCGGUUAAACCGCAGAUCACUAAAACCAACUCAGCUAAAACUAACGGGCACGUCCUGCUGGUCUCCGAGUCGCUGAGACAAAACCCCGGCACGCCGCCCACCCCCUCGCCCACGCCCGAGCCCGUCCUCUGCCCCCUGGUGGAGUCUGAGCUCAGCUACACGGACCGGGACAUCUCGCUCAGCUCCGGGUACGAGAUGUACAACGGCGAAGUGGCCGAGCCGGCGCUGACCAACGGCUCCAGCGAGCAGCACCGCGCCACCGUGCCCCUCUUCCCCGACCUGCCUCUGGACCCCGAACCCGGAAACCCGGUUCCCGUGGGGACGGUGGACAUUGGGACAGAACCCGCAACAAAUAGCCCCACUGCGGACCGCAGUCGCACCGUUUCAUCGUCGAGCACAGGAGACACGCCAAAAGGUAGAGGGCAUUGGCACAAAGCAUGUUUUAUUUCCCUUCUGCUUUGCUCUUGCGAGCUGCGGCACAUCACCAAGCUGAAGCCGUGGUCUCUGUUCGACGUGCUGGUCGAGAAGUACGGCUGGUCGCACGAGGACGCCGGCCACUUCACGCAGUUCCUGCUGCCCAUGCUGGAGAUGGUGCCCGAGAAGAGGGCCUCGGCCGGGGAAUGCCUAAACCACCCCUGCAAUGCUCCAGUAGUGGGAGAAUUUUUGAAGAUUUCUUGCCGAUUCAGAAACGCCAACGUGAUGCUUCUCUUGUUUUUUUUUUUUUGUUUUUUUUUCCCCUCUCCUGAACAGCACAAGCACUUCACAGAAGACAUCCAGACGAGACARUACCGCUCCAUCGAGGUCUUGAUAGGAGCCGGAUACGGCACGCCGGCGGACAUCUGGAGCACCGCCUGCAUGGCGUUUGAGCUGGCCACAGGAGAUUAUCUGUUUGAGCCUCACUCUGGAGAGGACUACUCCCGGGACGAGGACCACAUAGCCCACAUCAUAGAGCUGCUGGGCUGCAUUCCCAGGCACUUUGCGCUCUCUGGAAAGUAUUCCCGGGAGUUCUUCAACAGAAGAGACCACAUCGCUCUGAUCACGGAGCUCCUCGGGAAGGUCCCGCGCAAAGUGGUAGCUGCUGGGAAGUUCAGCCGAGAGUUUUUCUCCAAGAAAGGUAAACUGAACCGUGGGUGGAGGCCUCAUCCUGGGUGGUGGCAGGAAGUGAAUGUGGGGGGUCAGAAGCCGGACAAGCUUUUGUUUUUUCAUAGGAACUCUCAGGCAGAGUACGGGUAAGUAUGAAGUCACRGCGGGUUUCCUUUUUGCCGUUAAUGUGAAAUGGCUCUCAAAAGCUUAGAAAACCUGGUUGAAAUCUCUAAAUCCUUAGUUGUAAGGAUUUUUUUCCCCUUGCAGCACACAUAUUGUAAACUCAACUGAUGAGCAAUUCUUACUAAGGCUGAAACGAUUAAUCGUGAUUAAUUGAAAUAAGUAAUUUUGUAAUCGAUUAAUUGCUAACUGUAGUCAACAGAAGCCAGUUGCUGAAAGAACAACACAAUCAGAGCAAUAAUUAAGCCAAAACUGUU